AUGGCAUCGAAAGAAGCACAGAAGCUGUUUGAUCGUCGAAGGACCGGUCUCGAUCGGAAGGCCCGAGAUCUCAUCAUGAAGUCGCUGUCCAUGCACAACGUCGAUCUCGGAAUCACUAUCAUAUAUGAGUUCGGGGAAGAAGUGAGCAUGUUUCGCUCUCAUUUAGACGACGGGCGUUGGUGGUCCACAGUACAGGACCUGAAAAAUACGUGUGGUAAGGGUAUCACGGGGAUGGGAGUUAUUAAUGAGGAAACUCGGGGCCUUUGGGAGUGGCAGGUUCACCAGGAACGAAAAAAACGACCUCAAAGCAACUUUCGUAACCCUCGCUCAGGGUCCGAUGGGAAACGAGAGUUACCUGAGGAAAUACUCAGAACAAGCAGAGGACUUUUGACAGCUGGGCCUGCUGAUGAUUCAGAGGACGACGGUUCGGGAGAUGAGACCUCUAACGACAAGGCUUCAGAGGGCAACGAAACACCAGAAACAUCUGCUGAUGAAGAUGAUCCAUCAGACGACGACGAUGACGAUGAAGAGCCAAUAAAGACGAAGCAGAAUGUCAGACAAAGGAAACAGCCUUUACGACGCGUUAAGAGCACUGGAGGCUCAUAUCAUGGGUCGCCAAAACGCCCACGUGAAGACGACGCGAUGUCGAUGCAAUGGAGUAUGUCUGACCCGCCUCCACAGCAGCCACUUUUUCAGUAUUCACCAAACUUCAACAAUUACACGCACAACCCUAACAGUAACCCCAACGGACAAUUUACCUCUUUACCAAAUCACCCAGCCCCGGCAUUAUCCAUGCUUCAACAAGGACAUAACCCGAUAACAGUGCAUCAACCCGAUAUUUACAACUCAGGUUAUGCCCCAGAGUUAGGAUUUGGUGCUCAUAUCUAUCAAGAACCUAUGCAAACAGGUUCCAUGGGUUCACGUCCAGUUCAGAUACCAGAGGUGCCACAGCCAAAGAAAGCCAAGAGAAGCAAAUCUACUUCUGCUGUAACAAAGAAAAGAACCUCGAAAAGGUUUAAAGAGUAA